GCGGCGCGGCCGGAGCCCGGGGCGCGCACUCGGCCCGGCCCGGGCCCCAGCAUGGCCGAGCCGCUGCUCAGGAAAACCUUCUCCCGCCUGCGGGGCCGGGAGAAACUUCCCCGGAAAAAGUCGGACGCGAAGGAGCGCGGCCGCCCAGCCCAGCGCCCAGAGCCCAGUCCUCCAGAGCCAGAGCCCCAGGCUCCCGAAGGGUCCCAGGCUGGAGCAGAGGGGCCCCCAAGCCCUGAGGCAUCUCGAAGCCCAGCUCGGGGGGCCUACCUGCAGAGCCUGGAGCCCAGCAGCCGCCGAUGGGUGCUGGGUGGGGCAAAGCCACCGGAAGAGGCUGCUUUGGGUCCCAGGGCACCUGGCAACGGGGAGCCCGCUGGUGAAAUCUGGUACAACCCUAUUCCUGAGGAAGACUCCAGACCCCUGGCACCUGAGCCCGGGGGACCACAACCAGGCUCAGCUGAACUAGAGGGCCCGGCCUCACAAGGCACAGCCCCUGCCAGCCCCCCAACCAAAGCCUCCCGCACGAAGUCCCCUGGUCCAGCCAGGCGCCUCUCCAUGAAGAUGAAGAAGCUGCCUGACCUGCGGCGCCGACUGAGCCUGCGGGGCACCCGGGCUGGCCGAGAGCGUGAGAGGGCUGCCCCCGAGGGCUCCGUCAUCAGCCGUUACCACCUGGAUAGCAGUGUGGGGACCCCGGGACGGGCAGCAGGGGCUGGGGCCACACGGGGCCCUCGGGCCGGUUACCUCAGUGAUGGUGACUCACCGGAGCGCCCGGCAGGGCCCCCAUCGCCCACUGCCUUCCGGCCCUACGAGGUGGGCCCAUCAGCCCGAGCACCCCCCGCCGCACUCUGGGGCCGCCUCAGCCUACACUUGUAUGGGCUGGGGGGGCUGCGGCCGGCACCUGGGGCCACCCCAAGAGACCUCUGCUGCCUACUGCAGGUGGAUGGGGUGGCCCGGGCCCGAACGGGGCCACUGAGGGGGGGUCCGGACUUCCUGCGGCUGGACCACACCUUCCACCUGGAACUCGAGGCUGCCCGGCUGCUGCGGGCCCUGGUGCUGGCGUGGGACCCCGGUGUCCGGCGGCACCGGCCCUGCGCCCAGGGCACUGUGCUGCUACCCACAGUCUUCCGAGGCUGCCAGGCCCAGCAACUGGCAGUGCGCCUGGAGCCCCAGGGGCUGUUGUACGCCAAGCUGACCCUGUCAGAGCAGCAGGAAGCACCAGGCACAGCUGAGCCCCGAGUCUUUGGGCUGCCCCUGCCACUGCUGGUGGAGCGGGAAAAGCCCCCGGGCCAGGUGCCCCUCAUCAUCCAGAAGUGUGUUGGGCAGAUCGAGCGCCGAGGGCUGCGGGUGGUGGGGCUGUACCGUCUGUGUGGCUCGGCGGCCGUGAAGAAAGAGCUUCGGGAUGCCUUUGAGCGGGACAGUGCGGCCGUCUGCCUCUCGGAGGACCUGUAUCCUGAUAUCAAUGUCAUCACUGGCAUCCUCAAGGAUUAUCUUCGGGAACUGCCCACCCCGCUCAUCACCCAGGCCCUCUAUCAGGUGGUGCUGGAGGCCAUGGCCCAAGGACCCCCAAGCAGGGCACCCUCCAGCACUGAGGGCACCCGUGGGCUCCUCAAUUGCCUGCCAGAUGUGGAGAGGGCCACGUUGACUCUUCUCCUGGACCACCUGCGCCUCGUCUCCUCCUUCCACGCCCACAACCGCAUGACCCCGCAAAACCUGGCCGUGUGCUUCGGUCCCGUGCUGCUGCCGGCGCGCCAGGCAACCGCCAGGCCCCGCAUCCGCAGCUCUGGGCCGGGCCUCACCAACGCAGUGGACUUCAAGCGCCACAUCGAAGUGCUGCACUACCUGCUGCAGGCCUGGCCAGAUCCCCGCAGGCCCCCGGAGCCUCAGGACCUCGCCCCGUACCUGCGGCCCAAACGGCAGCCGCCGCUGCACUUGCCGCUCGCCGGCCCCGAAGUGGUGGCUCGGCCCCGCGGCCGGGGCGGCCCCGAGAGCCCCCCGAGCAAUCGCUACGCGGGCGACUGGAGCGUGUGCGGACGGGACUUCCUGCCGUGCGGGCGGGACUUUCUGUCCGGGCCGGACUACGACCACGUGACGGGCAGCUACAGCGAGGACGAGGACGAGGAGGCGGGGGAGCCGGCGGGCGCCGCAGACUUCGACGACGACUUCGAGGCGCCCUUCAACCCGCACCUGAACCUCAAAGACUUCGACGCCCUCAUCCUGGACCUGGAGCGAGAGCUCUCCAAGCAGAUCAAUGUGUGCCUCUGAGCCGGGCGGGGCGGGACCCCGGUCACGAAGGGCCGGGCUCCUGGCUGCUGAGGCGGCGCCCCGGCGACGGAGGGGACCGGAGGGGACCAGACCGGUCGCCCCGGGCCCCGGUUGCUGGGGAGUUGCCUAGUGACCAGCCAGCCCGUUGCUGAGAAUCAUUCCUCGUUUCCAGUGCUCAGUGGUGGGGCAUUGGUUGCAAAGCCUGGGGACUGGGGACUUUCGGGACCAGCUGUUGGGGACAUCUUUUCUGAGUACCAAGGGCUUCUCCCCUUGCUGCCAAAAGGCACUUCUCCCGCUUGCUGGGCUGGCCUCUCCUGCCCCUCCCCCCUUGGCCAGGGAAUCACCUGUUACUGUGAGCAUCACCCCGGGAUGGUGAACACCGACCCCCCUUCUUCUACACCCCCAACCCCCCCACCCCAUCAGUCUUCUUGCUGCUGCCAACCAAAUCAGUAUUAGCUUUAAGCACCGCACUCUGCUUCUCCCUGCCCUCGAGGGUCCAAGGACUAUCAUGAGGUGCUAUUUGGGGCAGGGUGAGGGAAAGCCCCUAUCCUGGGCUCUGGCUGGAUUAAGGGCAGCCCAGGGCCUUUAGAAAAAUAGCUGGUUUCCCUACCCUGUCUUCCAGGGAAAGCCCCGUGAUUGCCUCAAACCAGGAAAUGGAGAUAGCAGAGUCUGGCCCUUCCCCUCCCCUGUUCUUCCUCCACAUCCCUGAAGAAACUGAGCACUUAUAAGACCUCCCUUUCGGAGGGGCCCCACCUGAAAUGUCAGGCUGGGGGCACUUUGGUACGGAACAUAUUUAUUGCCUCCGUGCGUGUGUGUCUGUGUGUGAGGACUAGUGUGCAUGGACACGUCUGGGACAGGUGUAUGGGGCUCUUUCAGGGACCUAUGAGGGGGAAAGAAUUUGCAGUGGCCAGGCACCCUGAAAUCCCCAGUAAUGGAGCCUCAGUGGUCCCCAGAGUUCCAGUGGGAGAGUAGGUCCCCUCCUGUCUCCCCCUUUUCCCUCACUUCCAUCUUUGUGGACAAUAAAUCAGUAUGCACAA